GAGAAGAGGGCAGCAUCUCCUGCCACACCUGGACUCAGGCAGGGCCCUGAGAGCCGCUGGUCUCCAGGCUAAGCUGGUGGUGUCAUGGGGGCGCUGGUUCUAGCCCUGUGGGCUCUGCUGACGUCUUUGGACCCUGCUAGCGGAGUCAGAGAGCCAGGGAAGAACCUGAGCUGCUACCAGUGCUUCAAGGUCAGGAGCCCGGAGUUUUGCUUGCCUACAGCGUGCUCCUCCACUGACCAGGUCUGCGUCUCCCACAAGUUGAUCAUCACCCUGAGACUACGGGUAAAGAUCCUGCUCAGCAAGCGCUGUGCCCCCAGGUGCCCCAACACCAACAUGGAGUUCAAAUGGCUGUCAGACUCCAGGGAGCUCAGCAAGAUUGUCCGGCAGUGCUGCUCCAGAUCUCUUUGCAACGGGGCCCCCGCCCCUCAGGAGGGCCCCUGGGCCCUCUCCCGGGGGCUCCUGCUUCAGGUGGGCCUCAGCCUCCUCUGGGUCCUGCUGUGAGCACCUUCCCUCAGCCCAAAGCGCACC